GUUAUUGGUCCCUUAUUCGGAAUACAGUUCGCGGUCGAACUGCAUCCUUGUAAUUCGCCUUAGAGGCGUGAGGUGAACAUCUGUCUAAUCUUUGCGUGGCCACGACAAGGUCGAUGGGAUAGUUGAGUUAGAAGUCUGCACGUCUCUCUUGAGCCUUUCGCCGCCGCCCAAGCAACGAAAAAAAUCGCGGUAAUCAUUCCCUGAUUCAUUCCUUCAGCUUGGAAGUUGUGUCGCAAGGCGGAUUUCAGCAAGCUUCGUAGCCUGGCUUGCUCGCUAUCUCCCUCAACACCAUGGCCCCACAGCGAUCACGCGAACCCAAGAAGGGUUUUGAGCUGUGUGCCCAUACUUGUGUGGCAGGUGGCUGCGCCAGUACGGAGACCAGUUGUGUACUAUGGCAUAAGGAAGGAGGCGCAUAUCCAAGUCAUGUCAGGUCGGAGGGUGUUCAUCCAAACUGUGAUGAGACAUGCAAAGGGUACAGAUUCCUGAAGGGAAGGGGUGGACGAGGUACGCUCUCUCCCACGCAGGAGGACCUUGCAAGAUACAUGCCUGUGAAUAGCGAAGCCCCUGCUCGUGAGCCAAAUAUAUCUGGGUGGAGGGCAUAUAGGACGGAGUUAGACCUAUCGAACACAUCAUCCUCCGUCCCCGCCCCUGUUCUUGUCCCUGCCGCUAUCCCCACCCCAAUAGGGUCUGAGGGUGGCAAUGGUCGCUCUCACUCUAUAGGUGAACGGGGCCCAGUCCCCAGCUCUGUCUUGGAGUUGUUGUCAUCUGCAAGACCCAAUCUCGAAGCCUUUCAUCCACACUUUAUCAAGAUGGGUAUUACUGAUGGGAAUGCAUUACGGGACUUGUUAUCCUGGCCUGUGCAUGUCCAGGAGAGGAUGCUGAAGGUUGAGCUGGGAGGUGCCAUGAGUGCCUUGCAACUGUAUGGCCUUAUAGCCGCGAUGCACCAGUGGAAGGAGUCGCACUAAAGGGUUACAUUGAGAAGCAGCACUC